CGCGCAUCAAGCAGCACAACUGGAGGAGCUGCUGUUGUUGAGCAUCUCGGCGCCCAAUGGCGCAUCGCUAAUCACCAGUUAAACUAAAGCCCCCGGCGUAAGAAACUAAUACCGCAGAGUGAUUAUCGAUGGACGACCUGGGGAAUCUGAGCUGUGGGCAAAACGCCGCCUUGGUCAUUCUGGCCUUCCUCCAAACCGACUGUCGGACCUCACCGUACGGGGAGGAGCUCCUCUCCCUGGGCAAGGAUUUUAAUCUCACCCGGGACGUCCACUCCACGGGAGACCUGCUGGAGGAUGGAGACCUCGAAACGGACGGUCACGUGACCAGUUGCAUCACGGCUGCUCUCAGCGACAUCCAGCCCUCAGUGGAACUGCAGUGGCCUCGGAACCACGCAGAGGCAGCAGAUCUUCAACAGAUCGCAGAAGGGCUGCGAGAAAUCGCGGACCAGCUUGAACACCGCGUUGUGGCCGAGGCUACCCGGAACCUCAGCAGGAACAUAUCGGCCUCCCCCUCCGAGGAGUGGAAAGAUCACCUGACGUGGGAGGUGGACCGAGUGAUGAAGCGCGGCGUGGGCCUGGAGCAUCUCCCCCAGGAGCGCGUCAUCGCGGCCCUCACGCUCACCCUGGUGAAGGGCGUGUGCGAGCAGACCCCUCGGCUGCUGAGGACCCUGUUCAACGCCGUGCUGCGGUACUUCAACCCGGAGACGGCCCGGUGACUCGGCGCCGCCGGCCGAGAGGAAAACACUGAGAACAGAGCGGUGGGAAACGGCGGCAUCCGCUCCUCACGACAAGCCGACUGUGAAAAGGAACGGCGGCGACCGCAUGAGUAAAAAAAAAAAAUUUGAAUAUGAAUUAAAGUGAAUAUGAAUUAACAGUUUAGUCUUAUUUUGAAAACGAUAAAUGGAAAGUUGAAUUUCAGACUUAAAUAUUUUUGUUACUUGAUCCGUUUACAUUGCUUAAAAAAAAAUAUUUUCAUUUGACAUCCAGUGUAUGGCUAUUAUAGUGUGAUUUGAUUAAAUAUAUUUUCCUGA